AUGCUGGUGGCAGUAGAGGGGGCCGGCCGGGUGCCUCCGCAGCUCAGCUGGCAGGGCCCUGUGGGGCGUGUGUGGCUGCUGGUGCGCGCCCCCAGCCCCACGCCUCCCCAUGCAGCCCUGGCAGUGCCUCCGGCGUUUUGCCCUGGCCUGGUGGGAGAGGACCGCCGAGGGUCGCGCCCGUUCUCCCAGGGAGGAGGUUGGACCGAGGGACCCUGGGGGCCGAGGGGAGCCAGAUCUGGGAGCUCUGCAGACCCCAGCUUUGGGAGAAGUGGGGGUCCCCAGUUGGAGCUUUCCAACUGCAGCCUCUCAGAAGGUGUUUGGGAUAAAGAUCCGGAGCGGAGCAGCCCCCCCAUGCUGUCUGCCGACGAUGCCGAGUACCCUCGGGAGUACCGGACCCUGGGGGGUGGGGGCGGAGGGGGCAGCGGGGGCCGGCGCUUCUCCAACGUGGGGCUGGUGCAUACCUCCGAGCGCCGGCACACGGUGAUCGCUGCCCAGAGCCUGGAGGCCCUCAGCGGGCUCCAGAAGGCCGAUGCUGACCGAAAGCGAGAUGCGUUCAUGGACCACCUGAAGAGCAAGUAUCCCCAGCAUGCUCUGGCUCUGCGAGGUCAGCAGGACAGGAUGCGAGAACAGCAACCAAACUACUGGAGCUUCAAGACCCGCAGCUCGCGCCAUACUCAGGGAGCCCAGCCAGGGCUGGCAGACCAGGCAGCCAAGCUGUCCUACGCCUCGGCUGAGUCGCUGGAGACAAUGUCCGAGGCCGAGCUGCCCCUGGGCUUCAGCAGGAUGAACCGCUUCCGACAGAGCUUGCCUCUCUCCCGCUCUGCCAGCCAGACCAAGCUGCGCUCACCAGGGGUCCUGUUCCUGCAGUUCGGGGAGGAGACGCGACGUGUACACAUCACGCAUGAGGUCAGCAGCCUGGACACGCUCCAUGCACUCAUCGCGCACAUGUUCCCGCAGAAGCUCACCAUGGGCAUGCUUAAGUCUCCCAACACCGCCAUCCUCAUCAAGGACGAGGCUCGAAAUGUCUUCUACGAGCUGGAAGACGUCCGGGAUAUCCAAGACCGAAGUAUCAUCAAGAUCUACAGGAAAGAGCCACUGUAUGCUGCUUUUCCUGGCUCACACCUCACCAACGGUGACCUCCGGAGAGAAAUGGUUUACGCGUCGCGGGAGUCGUCGCCCACGCGGCGCCUCAACAACCUGUCGCCCGCGUCGCACCUAGCGUCUAGCUCCCCGCCUCCAGGGCUGCCAUCGGGGCUGCCUUCGGGACUGCCAUCGGGCUCGCCCUCGCGCUCACGCCUCUCGUACGCUGGGGGCCGGCCGCCCUCUUAUGCCGGCAGCCCGGUGCACCACGCGGCUGAACGACUGGGAGGCGCCCCAGCCAGCCAGGGGGUGAGCCCCAGCCCCAGCGCCAUCCUGGAGCGGCGCGACGUGAAACCAGAUGAGGACCUGGCGGGCAAGGCGGGCGGCAUGGUGCUGGUGAAGGGCGAGGGCCUCUAUGCCGAUCCCUACGGGCUGCUGCACGAGGGCCGUCUGAGCCUGGCCGCCGCGGCGGGAGACCCGUUCGCAUACCCGGGCGCGGGCGGCUUGUACAAGCGGGGUUCCGUGCGCUCGCUCAGCACCUACUCGGCCGCCGCGCUGCAGUCCGACCUGGAGGACUCGUUGUACAAGGCGGGCGCCGGCGGCCCGCUCUACGGAGACGGCUAUGGUUUCCGUCUGCCGCCCUCGUCCCCGCAGAAGCUGGCCGAUGUCUCGGCGUCCUCCGGGGGACCUCCACCCCCGCACAGCCCCUACUCGGGGCCGCCCAGCCGUGGCUCGCCUGUGCGCCAGUCCUUCCGUAAAGAUUCGGGCUCCUCGUCCGUCUUUGCUGAGAGUCCUGGAGGCAAGGCCCGCAGCACCGGGGGUUCCUCUACGGCCGGAGCACCACCUUCUGAACUCUUCCCCGGACCUGGGGAGCGCUCCCUCGUAGGGUUCGGGCCGCCGGUGCCAGCCAAAGACACAGAGACCAGGGAGCGCAUGGAGGCCAUGGAGAAGCAGAUUGCAAGCCUCACUGGGCUGGUUCAGAGUGCCCUGCUGCGAGGCUCGGAGCCGGAGACCCCAAGUGAGAAGAUCGAAGGCUCCAAUGGAGCAGCCACCCCCUCAGCACUGUGUGGGUCGGGCAGUAAGAGUAGCGGGGCUACUCCGGUGUCGGGCCCUCCCCCGCCCUCGGCCAGCAGCACGCCUGCAGGGCAGCCCACUGCUGUCAGCCGUCUGCAGAUGCAGACGCAUCUGCGUGGCCUACAGAACAACGCUAGCGAUCUGCGUGGCCAGCUUCAGCAGUUGCGCAAGCUCCAGCUCCAGAACCAGGAGUCGGUGCGAGCGCUGCUGAAGCGCACCGAGGCGGAGCUGAGCAUGCGCGUGUCGGAGGCGGCGCGGCGGCAGGAGGACCCGUUGCAGCGGCAGCGCACCCUGGUGGAAGAGGAGCGUUUGCGUUACCUCAACGACGAGGAGCUCAUUACUCAGCAACUCAAUGACCUAGAGAAGUCAGUGGAGAAGAUCCAGAGGGACGUGGCCCAUAACCACCGGCUGGUGCCAGGUCCUGAGCUGGAGGAGAAGGCACUGGUGCUGAAGCAGCUUGGGGAGACGUUGACAGAGCUCAAGGCUCAUUUCCCAGGCCUGCAGAGUAAGAUGCGGGUGGUGCUGCGUGUGGAGGUGGAGGCGGUGAAGUUCCUGAAGGAGGAACCUCAACGCCUGGAUGGACUUCUCAAGCGCUGCCGGGGGGUCACCGACACACUGGCCCAGAUCCGAAGGCAAGUGGAUGAGGGCAUGUGGCCUCCCCCCAACAAUCUCCUGAACCAGUCCCCCAAGAAGGUGGCAGCUGAAACAGACUUCAGCAAAGGCGUGGAUUUUGAAAUACCACCCCCGAGUCCUCCACUGAAUCUCCACGAGCUGAGUGGACCUGCCGAAGGCACCCCUCUUACCCCAAAGAGCAGCAACCCCACCAAAGGCCUGGAUGCUCCCGGCAAGAGAAACACCGACAAAGCUGUGUCUGUUGAGGCUGCAGAGAGAGACUGGGAAGAGAAGCGGGCAGCUCUGACCCAGUACAGCGCCAAGGACAUCAACCGGCUGCUGGAGGAGACCCAGGCUGAGCUGCUCAAGGCCAUCCCCGACCUGGACUGUGCCAGCAAGACCCACCCUGGCCCUACUCCCACUCCAGACCACAAGCCCCCUAAGGCACCCCAUGGUCAGAAGGCAGCCCCCCGGACAGAGCCGAGUGGGAGAAGAGGAUCAGAUGAGCUCACAGUGCCCCGAUACCGCACAGAGAAGCCCUCCAAGUCACCCCCGCCACCCCCUCCCCGCCGGAGCUUCCCUUCCUCCCACGGCCUGACCACCACGCGCACUGGAGAAGUAGUGGUCACCAGUAAGAAAGACUCGGUCUUCAUCAAGAAGGCUGAGUCCGAGGAGCUGGAGGUCCAGAAGCCACAGGUGAAGCUGCGCCGAGCUGUGUCUGAGGUGGUCCGCCCCGCUUCCACGCCGCCCAUUAUGGCCUCUGCCAUCAAGGAUGAGGACGAUGAGGAACGGAUCAUUGCUGAGCUGGAGAGUGGUGGUGGCAGCGUGCCACCCAUGAAGGUGGUGACUCCCGGAGCCUCUCGGCUGAAGGCGGCCCAGGGCCCAGCAGGCAGCCCAGACAAAGGCAAACACGGCAAGCAACGAACAGAGUAUAUGAGGAUCCAGGCCCAGCAGCAGGCCACUAAACCAUCUAAAGAAAUGAGCGGUCCGAAUGAGACCUCAAGCCCCGUCUCAGAAAAGCCCUCUGGUUCCAGAACCUCCAUCCCUGUAUUGACUUCCUUUGGGGCAAGGAAUUCUUCCAUCUCCUUCUAGAAGCCCCUCAUGCACCACCCCAGCCUGCCCCUCCCUUACUCCUGCCAUCCACCCCUCUUCCUUUCAUACCUGCUCUCCCCUCCCCACUCUCACGCCUGAAGGGUUGUGGCGGGGCACGGCCCUCCGCUCUCUCAUCUCCUCUUGGUGUUUUUGGUUUUUUACGCGAUUUCCUUUAAUUAUCUUUCUUUUUCCUUUUUUUUUUCUUUUUUAAAGAGCAAAUGAGAAAGCUAAAAACCAAACACACCAACUUCCCCUGACUUCCGGUUCCCUAGUGGCCUCUGCUCCGCCCACUUCCUGUCAUCUUCUUCCCUUCUGCUCUUUCACCCUCUUCCCCCCACCCCUCAAGUCCAUCCAAAGUUCCCACCUCCCCUAACUUCCCAAGAACACUUGGAACAAACUCUGAGCCACGGAGACUUGGAGCGGAGCGAGACCCCCCUCUCAUUACUGGGUUCCUUCCUGGAGGAACAAAUGGACAAGGACUGACCCAGCGUCAGGCUGGACAAUGGACAAGGGAGACCCUGGCCUUGGAGACGUCCCACUGUCUGUCCAGCCUUCGAAGAGACAGAACAAUGCUGCUGCCCUGUGGUUUUUCUUUCGAACCAGGGUGGGCCUGGUAGCAGGCCUAGCUGGAGGGGAUCCCCAGAGAAGAGGCCAAGGCUGGGUGUAAAGGAGGGAAGGGGCGGGGGGGGGGGGGACACACUAGGUGCCAGGGGAGAAGCCGGCUCACUGCUGCUCAGUGUCCGGCUGGUGCUAGCAACAGAUGGAAGGAGGCCCCCAGGACACCUGUUAUGGAGGGUGCUUCUGGGGACAGCCUGCCCCUGGGGUUCUGCCUUGGGAGAGGGCAGCCCUGAGAGGGGCAUCUGGUACUUUUAGUUCCCUAAUUUAGCACUUUAAAUGCCAUUGACUUAUUUUAUGGGGGUGGGGUGGGGAAGAUGGAAGGGCCUGGAAACAUGUUUGGAGGGUGGGAAGGGUCUGGUUUGAGGGAUACAGGGAGAAGGGACGGGUGGGUACAGUAAAGUCUCUGACCCCUAGGGGGAGCAACUUGACCUUCAGCCAGCCUCUAUGAUUUGAGGGUUUUCAGGGAAGGGGUGAGAUGUGACUUGCCUGUGGGGAUCUGGUGACCACUUGUCAGGUGUUUGAGGAUCCCCAAGGCAGAAGAGCCAGCUAGUAUUCCAGUCUGGAUACCUUGCAGGGGUCCUGCACGGGGAAGACUGGCUUUUGGGUGGGUCCAGGAGUCAAAGGGAGAGGCUGACUUGCUUCUGGCCUGGCCCACAGAGGGGCCAGAGCAAGAAGGAAGAUUCUGUGAAGGGCUGUAAGGUGGAGGGGCUCCCCUUUGGAGCACAAAGCAGAUUAAGCACAGAGAUGUGGUCUUGGGACUAGUCCCACAGCAAGCACAGAGAGGAACCAUUGAAGGGACAGAACCCCAAGACUCUGGAGCCCAGCAGGGGAGAGCCAGUGGCAGCUGUUGAGGGUUUGGGGAGGGAGGGAAAACGGGGUUGUGUUUCUUUUCUUCAUUUAUUUUUAUUUAUUUCCAUUUUUGUUUUGUUAGUUUGCUCUUGUUUUCCAGCUUUGGGUCAUUUUUAUACUAAGGCAAGCAAGCCUUUUUGAAAAAUAACAAAUUCCCUCCCAGAAAAAAACAAAACAAAACAAAAAAAAAAACAAAAAAAAACCCUAAAAAAUAGAAAAAAAGGACCUCACAAUGAUGCAAUUACUUUUAAUUGCAAGCAACUCUUUACAUUUAAGUGAAGUGUCUUAACAUUUUAUAUUGUUUUAAAAAUAUAUUUACAUAUUAUAUAUAUAUAAUAUACGUAAUAUAAAUAUAUAUAAAUAUUUAAAAAAAAAAAAAAAAAGAAAGAAAACCACAGCACACUCUCCCUGGCCACUGUCUGGCAGGGGAGGGGCUGGGGACAGGCGUGUGGCCUGGUUUCUGUAGUCCCUGUGAAGCAGUUUGGUUUGAUUAGACUGUACAGAGACCCCUGGCUUGGGAGGGGAGGGGGAGGGGCCCCUCCACUCCAUUUCUCUUUGCUUGCCCCUACACCCGCUCAGCCCUGUGACCUGAGUGUGCACCCCUCCGUCAUUGUCCUGAGUUGAGUGUCCUCUAUGGAGAGAGGGGGAGCCAGAGAAAGUGACCAUUCAUGCAGGGGCUGCCCCACAAGCUCAGGCAAGGCCUGUGGGACUUGCAUAAUUCUACUUCUUUGAUUUGGUUCCUGUGCAUGUGUGUCCUGGAAGGCAUUUGUAUGGGAUCGUGUGCAGCCUGUGUGUGUGCGCGCUGGCACAAGCCCACAUAACUUGAGUGUGCACAUGCAUGGAUCGUGUGUGUAUAGGCAAAACUUAAUAUUGUAUGUGUGAAGCCUUGUACAUGUAUGUGAAUGUAACCUGCCUGGGCAUGGUUGUGUGGGGAGAGCUUUGGAGUAAGGAUGCGUGUGAUGUGUGUGUAGACAUGCCUGGCUGUUCGUGUGAGGGCCACACAUGUAUCGGUACAGAUGAUGUUAGCUGUGGGUAUGGUUGUGUGCAGGUGCAGGCAGGUGUGUGAGAGGGCCUCUGUGUGUGUGAGUACUCGUGUGCAUGUGUGUGUGUUCCAUCAUCCCUGCACCACUCGCUGGCUUCCCUCCCAAGCUCACCCCCCACCCCUACCCGGCUUCUCAAAGCCCGCAGCACGUUGAUUUCCCCCCCCCCAGCCCCCCAGCUGCAUGCGCCUGUCCAUCAGUGUGUGCUUGACAAGAGAAACUGCCACACCGGGGGACCCUGUACCUGGUCCCCUCACCCCUGCCCGCUGUGCUGUGUUACUCGCAUGGGGGGUUCUCUCUGGCCCCUUCCACAAUAUACUGUUUUCCCAGGGGCCUCGGGGCCAAGGCUUUGAGUGAGGUCCCAAGUGUGGCCCCCCAAGGCCAGCCCGGCUCCACACCCACCCGUCCACCCUGUAGGGCCUGUGUUGGUGUAGAAGUGAUGGCUUCUGUGGAUAUUGUGACCUCUGUCAGUGUAACUUGACAAUUUCUAAACGGAAAGGGUUGCUGUGUUUUCUGUCUCUUUUUUAAUGUCCUUUUUCCUUCCCUACCCCUCCUCCCUUCCCUUUUGGUUUUUCUAGCCGAGUGUUGGGGCUUUAAUAAAACUUGUUUCUUUUUUCUCUCCUGGA